AUGUCUGCCCCCAUCAACACCCCCGAGCCCUGGUCCCUCGCCGGCAAGACCGCCGUCGUCACCGGCGCCUCCCGCGGCAUCGGCAAGGCCAUCGCCAUCCACCUCGCCCGCAAGGGCCUCGCCAACAUCGCCAUAACCUACGCCGCCAACCAAUCCGCCGCCGAUGAUACUAUCGAAAAGUGCCGCGCCCUCGGCGUUAAGAAUGCUGUCGUUAUCAAGGCUAAUGCGCUCAACCCUGAUGCCUGGCCCGACGUGAUCAAGCAGGCCCUCGGGGCCCUGAAAGUUGACACCAUCGACAUCCUCGUCAACAACGCCGUCCUCGCCAGCAUCGACCACUACAAAGCCACCCCGGAGCUCAACGCCGACAACUUCUCCGCCGUCAUGGUCGCGAACGUGUACGCCCCCGUGGCGACCACGAUCGCCUACAUGGAGCACGCGGCGCCCAAGGCCGGCGGGCGCGUGAUCAACAUCUCGAGUGUGGCCGGUCGCCUCCCUAACGGAAAUCCUAUGAUCACAUACGGCGCGAGCAAGGCUGCGCUGGACAGUUUCACGCGCUCCUUCGCCGACCAGUUUUCGUCUGAGAAGGGCAUCACGUUUAACAGCGUCAUCGUUGGGCCGACUCUUACGGAUGCGUUUGAGGAGGUCACAAAGUCUAUGCCGAAGGAGCUCAAGGAUAAGUACAUCGCAGAGACGUCUGCUGCUCCAAGGUUCGGAGAGCCGGAGGAUAUUGCUUACAUUGUCGGGUUCCUUGCCAGUGAGGAAGGUAGAUGGGUGAACGGGGCUGCUGUCAGCGCCAAUGGCGGAUUCAGGAGCAUGCUUGCGGCCCUUGACGAUUCUUCGACAAGACCAUCAGACAGCAAACGCUCUACGUGCCAACCGCUUUCCUCGUUCAGACUCAGCAGCGCGACAAUGGAUUACAGCGAGUUAUCCUCAUCCUACAAGCAGUACAAGCUCAAGACCAAUCAAGCCCUCGACUGGCUCAUCCGCGAAGCCAAAGCUCUGCGUGUCACGGCAAACGCUCCUCGUCAAUUCAAGGUAUGGGAGCUGGUUGAUCUAGCCACGGCGUGUGCAAACGCCGGGCGAGUGAUGCCAAAGGAGAUCAGGAGGGCGCUGGAAGAGUCACUUUGUCUGCGCCGGCGAUGUGCGGAGUGGUUUCUUGAACAUGGUUCGGAGGCGGCGAACACAGCCCAUAAGUACUUCAACGACAGCCUCCAGCAGAUUCUUGACACGCUUGCUCCGUCCAAGGCGGAGACUGGAGACGCGGCUCGACCCGCGGCUUCCCGGACCACGAGCAAGCCCUCAUCUGUCGUCCGACCAGCCCAGGAGACAUCCCACACCAACUACUUCGCCGUCCUGGGUGACGAUGGCAACGUCCGCGACUCUUCCUCUGACGAAGACGGCUCCGCUGGCUUCCCAACAGGGAAUGCUAUUGUCAGGCCCGCUAGAGCCGCAAACCGCAAGACAAGACGGCAGCAACGUCGUACCCAAGACGAACAGGGUGGCUGGGCAGCUUUCGAUGAUGACCACUUGAUGGAGCUCUCUUGUCUUCUCAAUGACUGCCGCGACAUUCGCCUUUACCUGCAGCGGCUGUGGGUAGAAUAUGCAAGCGGCAAAGUCGACCUCAUCACUGCAUCGCUUAUGACUCAAGCAGGGUUCGAACACCUCGUCGACCUUGAGACUGUCUUCACCCAGAAGCACCCAAAGCUUGACAACCUGGACUCCAUGACGGACGCUCUUUACUCUUACUAUGCUCUCGGGGACGGCGCCUUACGGGCCGAAACUGCGACAGAAGACGAAAAGCUCCAGGCGGAAGAGACUUCCCCGAGACUCAACAAAGACCAGUGGCUGUUUAGUCAUGGCAUGAAGAAGUGGCUACUUUGUGACGUAUCAUUCGCGCUGAAGUUUCUGAACAGCGACAAGAUGAGAUCAAAGUGCGAAAACCAAUCCAUGUGCUUCACCGACAGUGCAACCUUUGGCUUGGACCCUCUCGAGUUCAUUGCGCUCAUGGCCCUUCGCGAUGAGUCUCUGGCAGCAACGGAUGGAUGGUCCUAUCUCGACCUUCUCACAAAGCGCAUGGCUGAGGAGGAGUUAGAGCCGCCACUUCUUCCCGUCCGUCUCAGCACGGCCGCCAUGUGCAGAAUCUAUCUUGACAUUCUCUACAUAUCGGGCCUAACUUCGCGUCUCUACACGGACUUGCUGAGAUACCUGGACCACAGGCCGUUGAAACGUUUGAGAGAGCGUGCGAAUGAGGGAAUGAAGGAUAACAACGAAGUCGCACGCAAUAUGUGUCUUCGCUUCACUCUGCUGAAUGGAUCGACAGGGCAACCGACCAUCCUUAACCCUAUUAUUCUGGGCAGUGUUCUCUGCAGCCUAGCUCUUCCUGCGCACUUGGGGCAGAUCUAUCGGGUCAACGAGUCCGGAGUUUUGAUGGCCGUCGCUCAUCAGUACAACGCCCUCCGCAUCAUGAGACCGAUCACUGUCCCUCGGUGGCAAGACCUCGAAGUCUUGAUCGAAUUGCAGAAGCAAAGCAUCUUUGCUCCGGAGCCGCCUCAGACUUUCGAUCAAUGCGUCAUCCGAUUUUGGCGAUCCCAGGGCCUCAGGCUGGCCGAGAUCAAGCAAAAGACCACCACAGCCGCCCGCCUUCGUCUUGCCGCGCAGAGAGUCAUCCCCCUGUCUCGUCAUCAGAGAGAAAUCGAGAAGACCGAGGUCAGUCGUGCGGAGGUUCUGAGAACACUCAACUUCCAGAUCAAGUGUGAAUCGCAGCGGAACACUGCUGGAUUCCGCAGAGAGCUGCGCAGCGCUGCGCUGCUCGAGCAUCUCUUCUGUCAAGUGGACGUCACACCCCAUUGGAAAUUGUCGCUUAGUGACAAGGUGGUGAGAGAUGCUGUUGAUGCUGAUUUGAGAAGCCUCUGGGCGGGUCAACGCCCCGGCAAGCGCCCACCCAGCGCCGUGGACCUUCCGGCAGUCGUCUGGCUUGGACAAUUACAAAAGAUGUUUCAGCGAGAGACGGCUGAUUUGUGGUUCGACUACAAGCAAUUGGAGAUGGACGUAACUGCUUUACUGGGCGAAGAUGGCGCAUCGUCGGAGCACGUUGCAGAAUUCUUUGAGAAACCUAAUGGAGGACUGUCUCAAUGGAUGAACCGCAUGUCCGACAAGUCGAGGCUCACUGUAGUCUCCGAUCAUUGGAAAGCUUGGUGCAAGUAA